AUGCACCAAGAGUCGGACGUCGUCGAGAUGUAUAAGAGUCUCCGAGAAGGCCGUCUAAAUGCAGGAACAAGCACAAUCGUCAGUCGCAAACAACGGGCACCUACAUCACAUCUUCUGAUAUUCACAUUCACUACGAUGCUGUUCAAAACUUUCUUCGCAUUGGCGUUCGCCAGCCUUGUCCUCGCUCAGAACGACGGUGACGAGGAAGCUCGUCGCCCUGAUCCGACCACCACCCGUAGCAGCAGUUGUCGUGCGACGACUUCGACUCGAAGAAACAACGGCACUCCCACUCUCUACGUUACUCGUUGCGCCACAACCACCGCGACUAUCACCCGCCCAAGGACUACAGUCACCACGACCUCCGUCCGAACCAUCCGUGUCACCACGACCACUCGUCGUCCAGCUACCACGACCACUAGAACUGUUACCUCAAUCAUCAGUCGUCCAGUAUCCACAAACACCUUUACUGUCACCUCCACCUCCACGACCACCUCCACCGCAACCCCGUCUGCAUCUGCCUUCCCAGGUGUCUACGCCGUGUACGGCUUUGAGCAAGACAACUGCCAAGCCAGCCGUCGCAACGACUUCCAGGAUGCUAACGGCGAGCUCGUGCUUCUCCUGGCUCCCGAACUUAUCGAAGAUCAAGAGACCACCAGCACCUGCGUCCGUUUCUCCGAUAUUAGGGUCAACAGUCUGCUCUUCCAAGACUAUCCCGAUGGUCUUCAGCUACCUGACCGUUGCCGACUUUAUGCCUACCAGGGCGUCAACUGCAACACUGGCAGUGGACAGCGGACGUUUGACAUCUCUCUGGAGGCCCAGGCUGAGAACACAUGCCGUGACAACGACAUUACUACUGUGAGGUCUAUUCGAAUUGUGUGUCGCGCCGACUAG